AGCUACCAGUACCCAUCACCAUUAACAACAAUCCAUCCCCUACAAUACAAUUACAAACCUUCUACUUCUUCCAUACUUCCACAUUCCCUCCAUCACUCUUAAACUCAAAAAAUGAACUUCUUCUGCCUUGUCUUCCUAACUUCCCUGGGCUUACUCUCCCUCCUCCGCCACCUCAUAAUCCCUCUCUUCACUUACCUCUUCGCCACCACAUUUCUAGCCACCAAACCGGCGGACCUCAAAACCAGGUACGGCCCAUGGGCCCUCGUCACCGGCCCGACGGACGGCAUCGGCCUGGCCUUCGCCGUCCAGCUGGCCCGACAGGGCCUCAACCUCGUCCUCGUCGGGAGGAACCCCACCAAGUUGAAGGGGGCCUCGGCCCGAAUUUCGUCCGAGGUGGCUUCCAACGACGUGGAGAUCAAGACGUUGGUGGUGGAUUUCGCGACCGAUGAACAGCAGGACGUUGAGAGAGUGGUGAAGGAUGGAGUUCGGGGGCUGGAGAUCGGCGUGUUGGUGAACAACGUCGGGAUCACGUACCCUGGAGCCAGGUACUUCCAUGAGGUGGAGGAGAAGGUGUGGAUGGAGAUCGUGAGGGUGAACUUGGAGGGGAUGACGAUGGUGACGAGGGCGGUGUUGGGCGGAAUGGUUGAGAGACGGAAGGGAGCCGUCGUCAAUGUCGGCUCCGGCGCCGGCACGGUCCUGCCUUCCCAUCCUCUCUACGCCGUUUAUGCCGCCACUAAAGCCUACGUAGAUCAGCUGUCGAGAUCCUUGCACGUAGAGUACAAACAAAUGGGCAUCGACGUUCAGUGUCAGGUGCCGCUGUAUGUCGCCACGGAAAUGACGCGAAAAGUGGCCAUGAUCCAGAAACCGUCGCUAUUAGUACCGUCGCCAAAUGCCUACGCGGCGGCGGCGGUUCGUCGGAUCGGUCGGCAGGCUCGGUGCUCACCGUACUGGGCUCACUCCGUCCAGUGCUACUUGGCCCGUCUCAUCCCGGAAUGUCUCCUCGAUGCCUGGCGCCUCUCCAUCGGAAUCUGUCGAAGGGAACUUGAUAUCGUCGCUCCGAGACUUGAUGUCAGUUGAAUUUAUCGAUUGAUUAGUAAAUGUGUGUUGGAAUUGUUUGAUUGGUGGAUGGAUGCGGGACAGACAAGACAUAAUAAUAGUCAACUUUCUUAAACCAGAACAUGUACAAAUUUAAUUAGUUCAGUAACGAAGAGCCUGGGGAGUUGUGUCAUGAAACGAUACUAAUUAAACCUUCGGAUCAUUAAUUCAGUCG